AGUUGGUGUGCUGUCAGGGCUGAGUGUUUUAGAUUCUAGAUCUCAAAAUGCAGGGUGGGGAAUUUAGAAUGCUACAUCUGGUGAGACCAUAUCUUCGAUAUCUACCCCAAGCCGAAUGUAUACACAGCAGAAAGAUCACCUUCAAAGAGAAAUUCGUAUUUACUGCAGCUUCACUGUUCAUCUUUCGGGUUUGCAGUCAGUUUCCCCUCUAUGGGAUAGAUUAUUCUACGUUUAACAAAUUUGAUACAUUUUACUGGAUGCGUGCUAUUCUGGCGACAAGUCCUACUGGCACUGUAAUGGGGCUCGGUAUUAGCCCCAUUGUGACAUCUGGAAUGAUCAUGAGUUUCUUAGCCAGUUCAAAACUUAUUCAAGUGAACAACAGAAUCCGCGAGGAUCUUGAACUGUUCAAUGGGGCACAGAAGUUGUUGGGAGUCCUCAUUGCUGUUGGUCAAGCUGUUACUUAUGUGCUAUCAGGAAUGUACGGCAAUGUAGGUUUUGUUAAUGCCCUUCUCAUCAUAACUCAGCUUUCCUUAGCUGGAGUCAUAGUGAUGUGCUUAGAUGAGCUUUUCCAAAAGGGAUAUGGUCUCGUGUCAUCUGCGAGCUCCCUUUUCGUCACUGCCAACAUCUGCGAAAACAUCAUUUGGAAGGCUUUUGACCCCGCAACCGUAAAUAGCGGCAGCGGGGGAGCUCAUGAGUUUAUAGGUGCACUUGUUGCUUUGUUCCAUCUCAUAAUAUCCAGGACAGACAAGAUCAGUGCUAUUCGAGAGGCUUUCUUUCGAGAACACCUACCAAACGUGACAAACCUACUUGCCACUAUCUUCAUCUUUCUAAUUGUUGUCUACUUGCAAUGCUUUCAUGUGGCUUUGAAAGUGAGAUCAAAGGGAGCAGCGUCAUCAUAUCCUAUUAAGCUCUUCUAUACUUCUAACAUGCCCGUCAUUCUCCAAUCCGCUCUUGUCUCGAAUCUUUGUUUUGUAUCUCAUUUUCUUCACAAGAGGUACAAUGGGAAUAAUAAUUUCUUGGUGAAUCUCAUGGGGAAGUGGAAGGAAUCUGGCCAGCUCAAUAUUCUCAUUGGUGGUCUAUCUUACUAUGUCACUGCACCAGCAAGCUUGGCAGAUAUGGCAGCCGAUCCCAUCCACGCAAUGUUUUAUCUAGUCUUUAUGCUUGCAACAUGUGCAUUGCUAUCGAAAACUUGGAUCCGAUUCUCUGGUUCUUCUGCGAGAGACGUAGCAAAGCAACUCAAGGAACAAAACAUGGGGAUUCAUGGACAUAAAGACUCGAGCCUAGAGAAGAAGCUUAAUCGCAAUAUACCUAUUGCGGCUGCGCUUGGAGGAAUGUGCAUUGGUGCCUUGACUGUUGCGGCAGAUCUCAUGGGAGCAAUGGGAUCAGGAGCUGGGAUUUUGCUUGCUGUUACAAUCAUAUAUCAGUGUUGGGAGACAUAUGAGGAGAAAGUGUGCUAGGGCAAAUUAACUUUUUGUCACAUUUAUGUAGAAAACAGUAUUUGGGAGAUCUUGACAUAUAAUGUAAUUUGUAUUGAGCCAUGCAACUUCAGUAGUAAUGUAUAAUAUAA